AUGGACGAUGAUGGCAGCGGAACCGGUGGUUCACUAGGUGGUCUAGGUUAUUGGAAGCAGAAUCUUUAUCUUCUCCAAGAACGUGCACCUAAACCAGUUCCUGUUCUAUGCAAUCGAAUCAUAGAGAACCGACCACCACAAUACGGAGACGAGUUUCAUGGCUUGAUCGACAGAGUCGAGGCGGAUCGCAUGCUAAUGGAAGUUGGCGAAGGUGCUUUUUUAGUUCGGGAAUCUCGAAGAUCUCAAGAUGCAUUCACACUUUGUAUGAUGUUUGACGGACGUGUUCUUAAUUAUAAGUUAUAUUAUGAUGGUACUCACUAUGUGGGAGAGAAAAGAUUUGAAACUAUGGAAUUAUUAGUUGCUGACGGCUUGAUAUCAAUGUUUAUGGACAAACAUGCUUCGGAUUACAUCAAGCGAAUGGCGGAUGAAGCAAUUUAUGAACACAGCCCUUACAUGCAAUAUACAAAAACCGCUGAACGAAAACCAGUAGCACGAUCGCAUAGUUUUACUCAACAUACUUUCAAGAUGCCUCAUUAUUGUGAUUACUGUAGGAAUUUCAUGUGGGGUUUAGUGCAACAGGGUGUACGUUGUGAAGAUUGUGGUUUUGCUGCACACAAGCGAUGCUCAGAGCAUACAUUGCCGGAUUGUAGACCAGAAGCUCGAUAUGUGAAAAGAAUGUUUGCUGUAGAUUUAACAACAUUGUGUCUAGCACAUUCAACGCCGAUACCGCCCGUAGUAACAAAAUGUAUACAAGAGGUUGAAGCACGUGGACUCAAUGUUGAAGGUAUAUAUCGUGUAUCUGGGUCCCAUGAUCACAUGGAAAAGUUGAAAAGACAAUUCGAUUCGCAACAAGCCGUUGAUUUGAACCAGGUGGAUGACAUACAUACAGUAUGCGGUCUUCUCAAGCUUUACCUGAGGCUUUUACCGCAGCAACUCGUCCCGUUCAGUGUCUACAAAGCUUUACUGGCGGCCUUCGCCAAUGCCCGAAGUGUUCAUGAAAAGACUAGGGCCUGCAGAAAGGCUUUGGAAGAGCUUUCGGAAGCUAAUGCAGUUACGUUGAACGCUUUGUUGAUACAUCUGCGAAAGGUAGCCGAACACAGUGCACAGAACAAAAUGAGUGUCGAAAAUAUCUCGACAAUAUUUUCACCUACAUUGUUCUGUACCGGUGCUACUCCAUCACUGCCACAACAACAACAUAUGCUAUUGCAUUUCAUGAUCCGAACACCACGGAUAGUCCCAUAUGUUCUUAUAGGUGGCACAGUUACUUACGCUUUCAUAUACACUUGUAAUCUCCAUUUUUCCAAUGCUUGUCGGGCGACCAGCGAUUCAUCGAAUUCAACAAAUUUGUGA